AAGCAACGCUACGGGAUUGACGUGUGUUGACGGGGCACCGCUGCAUAUCGACAAGAUAGCCGAUAACGAUAUCGUCGAGGACUGUUGAGGACAAGGAAAGGAUCGAGCAACGCGUAUUCGAGCAGAUUUCGUGUGCGCGGUAAAGGCGAUCGAAAAAACAGGGAAAACAGAAGAGGUGAUCAAGGAGGUCAUUGCGGCCAAGUGUUAAGGAGCACGAUCACUCAUCGUUCUACAAGUUCUUACAAAUGGAGCACAAUCAUAAGAAUCUGGAUUGCUAUUUCUUCUACUACUCCACUUGUAAAAAGGGUGACUUUUGCCCGUAUAGACAUGAACCAUCGGCUCUGGGUUGUGAAACUAUGUGUACAUACUGGCAGCAGGGAAAUUGCCUUAAUGAACACUGUAAUUUCAGACAUAUGGAAUUAAAGAAAAAUCGUAAAUCAAUUCCUUGUUAUUGGGAAACACAACCUGGAGGAUGUAGAAAACCACAUUGUCCAUUUAUGCAUACGAGUCCUCGUACUAUUUCUGGUGACCCCAUCAAUCCUGUGAAGACUACGGAAGUAGCAACAAAAUCUCCGAAUCAAGAGUGGCUGAAUCGUCAAGAUGAUCCAAAGUAUGACGGCAGCAGUACUACUGAAUCGGACCAAGGAAGAGGAAACAGCGAGGCUGGUAGUUUUAUUGGCAGUCCCGCCGUCGAUCCUCUCAUCGUCAAAUUCGAAGAAGAAUCCGAUAACGAAAGUGCACCGUCGCCGGUAAAAUCGCAGCCCAAGGUGCCCUACUGCAAGACCUACGAACAGAUGAGACUUGAAGAGAUCCAGGCAGAGAGUGCGGCUUAUUACUCCUAUGAGGCCAGCAACUAUGGUCUUCAUCAGAGACAAAUGAGCAAGACAAUCGGGACUAAGCGAUGGAUCAGAACAUCGAAGACGAAGAAAGAAGAAUUGUCAAAAGAAUUGAACUUCAAGAUAUUGUCCUUGGAGGAGAUUCGACAACGAAAGAGGGAAAGAGCUGUUAAAACACCGACGGAUACAACAUCUGUGUCGGAGCCUUCGUCGCCAAUCGAAGCAAAGGGCAUGAAAAGGCGUUCGAUCGAAGAGCAAUGCGACAAAGAAAGCGCCAAUUCUGCGAAGAAGUGCAAGAUUAGUUCUGAAUUCGCUAAGAGUAGCGAACCUGCUGUCGCCGUCAAGGUGCAACCGAUAAAAUUGCGAAGAUUCUUGAAAAUGGAAACACAAAUACAACCAUGUGAAAUGCAAAUACAAACCGAAAUACAACCAUGCGAAGACGUAACUAUAAAUGAACGUUUGGCGACGGACAGUCAAGACAAUCAAACUUCUUGCUGCGAAGAAAAGCAGGAGAGUCACAGCAACGAGACGUCCUACAGCGAGAGGCUAGAAAACUAUGUCGAUGAGUUGGUUAAUAGGAAAGUUGACGUAGAGAUUAGAUUGUGCGAUAGCAGCACGAAUGAAGAGAAAACUCAAGUGCAACCAGAACAAGCGUCAGGUGAUAAAUCAUCGGUUGCCACAUAUACUGAAGAUGAAACCUCGUUAUUAGCAGACCAACCGUAUGAUCAACAGUAUACGCAGACCGAUGAGGAGUACCUUCGACUGGAUACAUCAGCUGACGAUAUUAUGCGAGAUAUUGAGGACUUGCUCAAUUAGAGAAGCGUGAUUCGAGUGAUUUUAAG